CAGCGGUGACGAGUCUCGCUCAGAGCACUGUCUGACACACGAGGGUGAUUAUGACCAGAGUAAGUGGUGGUCGCACCGUGUGAAACCCAUUGGCUCUAUAAACUCACUGCCCAGCCAUGGCCAUCGCUCACAUCGCAACCGAGUAUGUCUUUUCGGACUUUUUGCUCAAGGAGCCGCCUGAAUCAAAGUACAAGGGGCUGCGUCUGGAGCUGGCUAUAGACAAGAUCGUGUCGUGUAUCGCAGUGGGGCUUCCUCUGCUGCUUAUCUCAUUGGCUUUCGCCCAGGAAAUCACAAUGGGUGCUCAGAUAAGCUGCUUUGCUCCGAGCUCCUUUUCCUGGCGGCAAGCUGCCUAUGUUGACUCUUUCUGUUGGGCCGCCGUCCAGCAGAAGCACUUGUCACACAGUGACGCCGGUAACAUCCCCCUCUGGCUCCAUAAGUUUUUCCCAUAUAUACUUCUCCUAGUGGCAAUCCUGCUCUAUCUCCCAUCUUUGUUUUGGCGUUUCACCGCUGCACCGCAUCUUUGCUCAGACCUCAAAUUUAUAAUGGAAGAGCUUGAUAAAUCUUACAACAGAGCGAUUAAGGCUGCCAAUAGCUUCUAUAGCAGUGACAAGAAAGACCACACUAGCGCCCCCACUCUUCCUGACAACCUAGGCCAGAGCACGUGGGAGAUCUCGGAAAGCCACUUUAAGUACCCAUUUGUGGAGCAGUAUCUCAAGACAAAGAUGAACUCUUUAAAUCUAAUUGUAAAGUACCUCAUCUGUAGAUGCUUGACGCUAAUAAUUAUAUUACUUGCCUGCAUCUAUCUAGGAUAUUAUAUCAGCCUUUUUUCUCUAACUGACGAAUUCAGUUGCAAUAUCCGAACUGGCAUUUUAAAAAAUGACACUACCCUUCCGGCACUGAUACAAUGCAAGCUUAUUGCAGUUGGUGUUUUUAGGCUUCUUAGUUAUAUUAACUUAAUUAUUUAUGUUUUGACGAUGCCAUUCGUAUUAUACACCAUAAUGGUUCCAUUUAGGAAGAGGUCAGAUGUUCUCAAGGUCUACGAGAUCCUACCAACGUUUAGUGUCCUGCAGUUCCCCUCACAAAACUAUGAUGAUCUGAGUCUCUUUCUCCUGUUUGUUGAAGAAAACAUUAGCGAGCUAAAAUCAUACAAAUGCCUAAGGGUGCUGGAAAAUCUCAAGGGUAGCGGGGAAGCAUUUGACACCAUGCAGAUGUUAACCACUUUAGGAACGGUAAAGACUGACACAGUGGAUGGAAAGACGCCUGCAUUUAAAACGGGCUCAGUGCCUGCAUCAGCUGCUGAAAACAAUACACUUGAGCUUAAAGAUCAAUCAACAGGCGAUGGCUUGAAAACAUCUAAAGAAGAUACAAAGAUUCGACAGAGAUUACUUGAUUCAUCAUGCUGAAAGCCUUGUUUAUAUAAGCCAUAUCCGGAACAAAAACUUGACACUUAAAUGCUAUACUGCACUGGAACACACAAUCACUUCUAAACCCUGGAGGUCUUAAGAGGAUUUUAUAACCAACUUUCCUAUGAAAGUGAAAGAAGUUGGAGUAAAAUGUGUAAAUGUCUGUUUGGUUCACUCGCGAUGUGGAUUGUGAUUUAAUAUGUACAUAUUUACAUUAGAUUUACGCAAGUUUGUUCAUCGCAGCAUUUUAAAAUGAGAAAUUCAAGAGCAGAAUGUGUGUAGCUUUUUUGCACCUACUUGUAAACAGCAAAAGGUUUAGUUUGCUUACAAAACCAUACACAGCUUUGGUCCAGUAUCCAUUGAGGUGGUAACGUUUGGAAACUGGUGAUAAAAACAUUUAUCUCUAUUAAAGUCUAUGGAUAAUUUUUAUUUUAUCACCUGUUUUCGAUCUUUACUGUCCUCAAUGGAAACUAGUCCUUAGUCUGCAACCACAUUGCUGUUCCUUAAAGGGAUACUAAGCCCACAUUUUUUUCUUUCAUGAUUCAGUUAGAUCACUGGUUUUCAAACCUGUCCUCAGAGCUCCAUAACAGGCCACAUUUUGAGGAUACCUGAACUAGAGCACAGGUUAAACCAUCAGCUGAUUAGUAAACACGGUUAUUUUACCUGCUCUCACCCAAGGUUAUCCAGAAAAACUGGACUGUUGGGGAGGCCUGAGGACAGGUUUGAAAACCAGUCAGAUAGAGCAACUUUCUAAUUUACUCCUAUUAUCAAUUUUUCUUCGUUCUCUUGAUAUCUUUAUUUUAAAAAGGCCAGCAUAAUUUUGGCUCAGCACCUAGGUAGUGCUGCCAAUCAGUGCUACCCAGAGGUCUGAACCAAAAUAGGCCGGCUCCUAAGUGUACAUUCCUGCUUUUUCAAUAAUAAAUAAUAGGAGUAAAUAAGAAAGUUGCUUAAAAUUGCCUGUUCUAUCCGAAUCAUGAAAGAAAAAAAAUUGGGCUUGGUAUCCCUUUAAUUUAAAAAACAAACAAAAAAAAAACAACACUAAAAUGAUUGUCAAGUUUAGUGGGUCAAAAUAUGUGAGAGUUUAGUAGGGAAUGUGUUUUUGUAAAUUUACUGAUGCAAUAGCUGUUUUGCAAGCACAUUUUUUAUAAGUUUUAUUAAUUAACUGAAAAAAACCUUAAGCCAUAGUUUUUAUUCUUUUUCUUAAGUGGUGUAAAAAUAAAUAUAAAUGUGUUUAAUCUUAUACACGUGGACAACCAGAGCUAGCCUGCGUCUUCUGGACCUGUAAGACAUUGCACAGCGUGCUAAUGAGAGUACCAGUAACAUUUUCCCGUGACUUAUAAGCUAAAGCCAUUUUUUCAUCCAUGUGGAUAAUCUUUAAUAACAUGAAAAUAGAUCUGCACCGACCUGUAAUGGAAUAUCUGAAGUGAAAUACUUAUUUUCCAGGAAAAAAAAGCAGUUAUCUCAGAAUGUCAUUGAUUUUUUGUGAAUACCGUCUCAUAAAUGUAGUAGCUUGUAGAAAAAAAAGACAACAAUUAUACUUCGUACAAUCAAGGAGACUCCUUGUACCUAGCUAGUAGUGUUGCUCUUUGUUUAAUUAAAUCUGCAUAAACAUAGAUAUGUAUAAUACAGUA